GUGUGUGAGGGCGCGCAUGUCCAAUCCUUCCAUGCAGGCUGUAGACGCUCCUCACCACUGGCGAGUUGUUCUCUCUGUCUUUUCCUUCUCGCGCUCUCUUCCACCCAUCUUGCAUGUGCUCGGUUUAGUGUUUACCGAGCCGGACAGAGCUCUCUCCAGCGGUAGCGGACACUGCGGGGGAACAAACCACUAUGGAUUGCUAAUACUCGGGCUUAUUUGUCUCUUUCCCACCUUCUCUCUCGCCUUGUUUCCUCCUCCUCCAUGUCUCUCCACAGUUUUUAAGGGACGGAAAAUGAGGAUUAUUUACCCGCACUUUGUCGGGGUGUUUUCCGCCCUUUGGGGGCUAGUGACUGGGGCUUUCCCCAGCAGUGUUCAAAUAGGUGGUCUAUUUAUCAGGAACACAGAUCAGGAGUACACAGCAUUUCGACUGGCUAUCUUCCUGCACAACACCAGCCCCAAUGCCACGGAGGCUCCAUUCAACCUUGUACCCCAUGUCGACAACAUUGAGACAGCUAACAGCUUCGCCGUCACAAACGCCUUCUGUUCGCAGUACUCGCGGGGUGUGUUUGCUAUCUUCGGCCUGUACGACAAGCGUUCGGUGCACACCCUGACGUCGUUCUGCAGCGCUCUGCACAUCUCCCUGGUCACGCCCAGUUUCCCCAUGGAGGGGGAGGGCCAGUUCACCCUGCAGCUCCGCCCCUCUAUCAGAGGAGCUCUGCUGUCCCUGCUGGACCACUACGACUGGAGUCGCUUCGUAUUCCUCUACGACACAGACAGAGGUUAUGCCAUCCUACAGGCAAUCAUGGAGCGAGCAGGUCAAAACGGUUGGCAGGUGAGUGCCAUCUGCGUGGAGAGUUUCAACGAGGCAGCGUACCGUCGUCUGCUAGAAGACCUGGACCGCCGGCAGGAGAGGAAGUAUGUCAUCGACCUGGAGCCUGAGAGACUGCAAAGCAUUCUAGAACAGGCUGUUAGUGUGGGGAAACAUGUCAAAGGCUACCAUUACAUCUUGGCCAACCUGGGUUUUAAAGACAUAUCUCUAGAGAGAUUUAUGCAUGGUGGGGCUAACAUCACAGGGUUCCAGUUGGUUGACUUCAGUAAGCCAAUAGUCCUCAAACUGAUGCAGCGCUGGAACAAACUGGACCAGAGAGAGUACCCAGGCUCUGACAUCCCACCCAAGUACACCUCGUCUCUGACAUAUGAUGGGGUGUUGGUGAUGGCCGAGGCCUUCAGGAACCUGCGUCGUCAGAAGAUAGACAUCUCCCGUAGAGGAAAUGCUGGAGACUGUCUGGCCAACCCAGCUGCUCCCUGGAACCAGGGCAUAGACAUGGAACGCACACUCAAACAGGUGCGUAUCCAGGGUCUAACAGGUAAUAUCCAGUUUGACCACUACGGCCGCAGAGUCAACUACACCAUGGACAUGUUUGAACUGAAGAGCAAUGGACCACAACGGAUUGGCUACUGGAACGACAUUGACAAACUGGUUCUGGUCCAGAGUGAGGUGCUGUUGUCUAACGACAGCACAAACAUUGAGAACAGGACAGUCGUCGUGACAACUAUCAUGGAGGGUCCUUAUGUGAUGCUGAAGAAGAACUGGGAGAUGUUUGAGGGGAAUGACCAGUUCGAGGGCUACUGCGUGGACUUGGCCUCAGAGAUCGCCAAACACAUCGGCAUCAAGUACAAGAUCGCCAUCGUCCCUGACGGCAAGUACGGAGCCAGAGACCCCGAGACCAAGAUCUGGAAUGGCAUGGUGGGAGAACUGGUCUAUGGGAAAGCAGAGAUAGCGGUCGCCCCUCUGACUAUAACCCUGGUACGUGAGGAGGUGAUAGACUUCUCGAAGCCCUUCAUGUCCUUGGGGAUCUCCAUCAUGAUCAAGAAGCCCCAGAAGUCUAAACCUGGAGUGUUCUCCUUCCUGGACCCUCUGGCCUACGAGAUCUGGAUGUGCAUCGUCUUCGCUUACAUAGGGGUCAGUGUGGUGCUGUUUCUGGUGAGUCGCUUCAGUCCAUAUGAGUGGCAUGCAGAGGAGCCAGAGGAAGGCUCUACUGAGCCAGGCCCCACUGACCAGCCACCCAAUGAGUUUGGCAUCUUCAAUUCACUCUGGUUCUCACUGGGGGCCUUCAUGCAGCAGGGCUGCGACAUCUCACCACGGUGA